AUGUCAGCCUCUGGUUCAGGAAGAGGGAGGAAGAGGAAAAAUGUUGUUGGUCUAAGAUCUGAUCCUAGUAGGGAACACGGCAUCGAAGUGGAUGCUACAAGCAAAAAGGUAAAAUGCGAAUACUGUAAUAUUACUCGUUCUAGAGGAAUAUAUAAAUUGAAACACCAUUUGGCAUGCACUCAUCAAAAUGUUGAACCAUGUCCCCAAGUUCCGGAAGAUGUUAGGGAAAAAUUUAUGAGUCUUUUGAGAACUCAAACAUUGGAGUCUCAAAAUAAGAAAAAGAGAAUGCUUGAUAUUGGUGAUGAUGAUUCUGAUGAAAAAGUGGAAUUAUUGCAUGUCGGUGACCAUGAAAACAAACAAAAACAUUAUAGGCGUAUGGAUAAAUUUGUGGUGAAUAAUGCAAUUCCUUUUAAUUGUGUCAACAACCCUAUAUUUCCACUUAUGGUUAAGAAAAUUGGAGAUUAUGGAAAAGGCCUUGUGCCACCAUCUUACCAUGAAAUUAGGGUGACAUUUUUAAAAAAAGAAGUGCAAGAGACAUUGCAAUUGCUUGAUGAGUUCAAGGAACAAUGGAAGAAGACCGGGUGUACAAUUAUGUCCGAUGGAUGGUCGGAUAGAAAGAGAAGAUCAAUUUGUAAUUUUCUUGUCAAUAGCCCUAAUGGAACUAUCUUUCUAUCCUUAUUGGAUACAUCUGACAUUUCAAAAACCGGUGAAAAUGUUUUUGAGAUGUUGGGUGAGAUUGUUGAGAAGGUUGGAAUGGAGCAUGUUGUGCAAGUGGUGACCGAUAAUGCUUCUAAUUAUAAGUUGACGGGAGAAAUGUUAAUGGAUAAGAGGAAGAGCUUGUUUUGGACACCUUGUGCCGCUCAUUGCAAAGAUUUGAUGUUAGAGGAUUUUGAGAAGCAAAUCCAACUUCAUCAAGCAAAUCCAACUUCAUCGAGUUACAAUUAA